ACCUGGCGGCCUGCACGAAAAACAUGGCAAGGCCGCACUCGACGUGGUACUGUACCUACUUAACCUCGGGCGGCGCGGCAGACCUCCAGCUCCGAAUCCUGCGCCUUGUUUCUCGUGCAGCCGAAGGAUUCGCUGCGGCCCCACCAUGAAUGAACGGGCGUGGGUGUGUGUCUGUUGGCUGUUCCAGGCUGCCUCUUAACUUCCUUCCUGCUCGUCCUCGAGGCGCAACACGAUGUCACGCAUGCUCAGCACGGCUGCUUGGCUGUGCGAUUCCUGUUGGGGCAGGUGAGCGACACGGAACCUGUCCUGUGCGCCAUGGUCCCCUCCCCCGUGCUCCAACUGCUGCGGCAAAUCGUCAGCGCAACGUAGUGCCAAUUCUGCCCGUGUGGCCUAGGACGACCACUGGCUGGUGUACCCAGGAGCUGGUCUCACGCAAGGCUCCCCGAGCAGCUCAACGCGCGGCAUCGUCACCAAGAGCGGCAUCUGUGACGCCAUCCAUGGCAGCUUGGGCCGUGUCCAAGAGGCAGAGCAAACAUGACUGCCUCGAUGUGGACCCUGGCGUUUUGGAAUCGAGGAGAAUGAGCCAUCACUUUGCCAAUAUGCUGCAGAGACCACAAGCCUUUGGUGCCGUCGGAAGCGGGCUAUCGAAUCCAUAGACUCUCUCAGGGAGACCGAGAAUGGGG